AACGGCUCCUCCCGGUCCCCGCUGGGGCUGCGGAGGAUGGGAGGGGUCUGUCGCGGCGCUCCGUCUCGUCUCGCCGCUCUCCGUUCCUGCCGGGGCCAUGGCCGGCGCGGGGCAGCCGCAGAAAGAUGGCCUUCGAUCCUUAUCCUUGUCUGGCCAUGUUGGUUUUGAUACUUUACCUGAUCAGCUGGUUAACAAAUCCAUCAAGCAGGGCUUCUGCUUCAACAUUCUUUGUAUCGGGGAAACUGGAUCUGGGAAAUCUACAUUAAUAAACAGUCUAUUUAACACCAGUUUUGAUGACUCAAUGUCAACUCAUUUUCACCCAAAUGUAAGACUUAAAGCUCAGAGAUAUGAGCUCCAUGAAAGCAACGUUCGUUUGAAACUAACCGUUGUGAGUACCGUGGGAUUUGGUGACCAGAUAAACAAAGAAGAUAGCUAUCAGCCAAUAGUGGAUUACAUAGAUGCACAAUUUGAAGCCUAUCUCCAAGAAGAACUGAAAAUUAAACGUUCUAUAUUUAAUUACCACGAUACUCGCAUCCAUGUGUGCCUCUACAUCAUUUCACCUACAGGCCAUUCCCUAAAGACUCUAGAUUUGUUAACCAUGAAAAGGCUGGACAGCAAGGUAAACAUUAUACCACUUAUAGGCAAAGCAGACAGCAUUUCUAAAACAGAACUGCAGCAGUUCAAGAGGAAACUCAUUUCUGAAUUAGUUAGCAGUGGUAUCCAUAUAUACCAGUUUCCAACUGACGAUGAAGUCGUUUCUCAAAUUAACACUAUCAUGAAUGGGCAUUUACCUUUUGCUGUAGUGGGAAGUACAGAAGUGGUGAAAAUUGGGAACAAAAUGGUGAAAGCUCGUCAGUACCCUUGGGGCGUUGUACAAGUGGAAAAUGAGAACCACUGUGACUUUGUGAAGCUCCGUGAGAUGCUUAUUUGCACAAAUAUGGAAGAUUUAAUAGAGCAGACCCACACACGCCAUUAUGAGCUGUACAGGCGCUGCAGACUGCAGGAGAUGGGCUUCAGAGACACUGACCAUGAGAACAAGCCAGUAAGUCUGCAGGAAGCCUAUGAGGCAAAGAGGCGCAAGUUCUACCUUGAGCUGCAACGAAGAGAAGAGGAGACGAGGCAGAAAUUUGUGCAGAGAGUGAAGGAGAAAGAAGCAGUGUUGAAAGAAGCAGAGCAACGAGUAAGCAUGCUGAUACAGGCUAAGUUUGAACAUCUUAUGCUAAUGCAUCAAGAAGAGAAACUGAAAUUAGAGAAGAAGAGAAAAGCUCUAGAAGAAGAAAUCGCUCUGUUUAACAUGAAGAAAGCUAAUGCUGAAUUACUCCAAACACAGCCAAUGGUCUCUACUCCUGUUAGCUUGAAGAGAGACAAGGACCGCAAAAAUUCCAGCUUUACAUAAUACCAAUGGUGGAAGAAUGAUACUUUAUUUUGGGGAAGCUGUGAUGCACAGUAUGGUUUUGGAGGUCAAGCAGUUGCAGUUUCUUACUAAAGGAAUUGGACAGUCUCUCUUGGUUGCUGGAGGCUACGAGAGAGUUCUUAAGUUUGUGCAGCAUGCACAUGGUGCGACAGUUGCAGUCGUUGUCUGUGGACUUUCUUGUAUGUGUCUGCCCUGAUGCACGUUUGCUUCAUGUACAUGUGGCCAGCUUUGAUUCGUUUUAUGUGCAUUGUACCAAAGAAAAGAUGCGUGCUAUAAACACUUCCAUUCAUAGUAUGCCUUAGUACAAAAGUAUUCAGUGAAUAUAUCUACUCCAGCCUUUCUAAAGAGUUAUUUUCGUAUGGCAUAUUACUUUACUAAAUGUUAUUUAAUACAAGUGCUGACAUAAUGUAACCAUUUACUUAUUUUGCUGACAGUGGUUUAUUUAUAGGCUUUUAUUUACAAGUGCCAUCCUCAUUCUCAGAUGCAAUCCAUUGAGAUAUUUUGCAAUUCUGCACUGUUGCAUGAUAUUUUAUCUAAUGUUACUAACAAUUUGGAAAGUACCUACAAUUUCUUGUUGUAGUGUCCAGUUACAGCAGAGGUUAAACUUUACACUGUUAACUUCAAGAGCUUUGGGUUAAAACAACUUUCAAACUUUUUUUUUGUAUUUUGAGUAGUCAUAGUAACAAAUGGGAAACAUUCUCCAGGAGAUGCAGUCCUCUGAAGUGGUUUUGUAGGAUGUUUUAAAAAUGAAAUACUAAGUUGACAGAAAUAAAAUACUUCGGUUUUGCAUAA